GUCUUCGUAACGCUUAGGAGAAAUGACAAGCGCUUCACGUUUGAUGCACAAAGCUUAACCUUGUUCUACACCUGUCCUGUUUCAAUCAAGCCCGAGCUAUGGGUCAUCAUGACUCGUCUAAAGCUGCCCAUGUUGUUCGACUUACACACCAUCAUCGGGGCCAUGGUAUCGAUAAUAUGGAGUGCGAUGAGGACCCCCAUGACAAAGGCUAUAUGAAACGCGACGUAAGAGCAGAGGGUCAUAGAGCCACAACAGCAACCAAGCAGAACCGAGCUUCAGAAAGAAUUUCCAGCAAUGAUUUCGUGCAAAAUUGGCUUGCCAACACAAAUAUUCCGCGACUUGACACUGCAGCAAGAUCCGUAGGUGUUGCAAAUCAUUCAAACGCCCAUCAUAAACAAUCCAGCCAGGAUUAUGGUGACGAAAUCUGGAGGGAGUCAUCGUAUCGCAGGGGAACUUCAUGGCAACCUCAACAUUUGGUAUCCGGAAACAAGGAUUUGUUUGCACCUAUUACAGCUACUCGUAGCCGCCUUGGAUACCAACGCAAGAAACGCUACAUCUCAGAUGAUAGUUCAUUGCUCAGUGUCGCUCAACAUCACAGAGCAUCUACUUCGGAUCCGCUUUCAAUACAACAGAAUGUGAAUGAUGAAACGCAACAGCGGGAUGUGCGAAAGAAACCUGUGGCAAGUGAUGAUAAUUCAUCUCACCAGCAACCAUCAACCCCUGAAUAUGUUUACUUCGAAAGGAGACCAAGGUACAAGACUAGAAAAGACAAAUACGAUACGAGAAAGGAAACCCACAAACAUAAGACAUAUGGAGCCGAUAUGACACAUCACACGUCAAAAAAGCGUAGGAACGAAGACAAGAAGAAAGUUUUGCACUCCAGUAGGAACGUCAUGAAAAACUUCAAUUCUGAUGUUGUGCUACGGGAACGUGUCACUAUGCCCCAGUCCCUGAGACCUGGCCUUUUCAAGAACGGUCGCCACGCCACUAUAAAACCUGUCGGUGAUUUGUCAUUCUCCAACAUGCGGUUUUUGCAAGAAAAGAAGCAAGAUAUAGCGUCAAAGCAGCUGUCUAAGCGUCGUCUACAGGAGCUAGAAAGACAGAACAAAGAAAUUGAAGAAAUCUCGGCGUUCUUCUUACCGGAAAAGCCAUCUUCAAAUAACCAUAUCCUCCAACAAGGCCCGGGAGAACUGAUAGCGGGCGGGAGGGUGCCCGGAGCAAUUCCCGAACAGUGUUUUGGCCGUCAAUCUGAUCAAGAUACACUCGAGGCCUCCAUUUAUCCACACACUUUCCUUAAUGCUGGUGCGAUAUCAUCGCGGUCUUAUGACCAUGCCGAUGGGAGUUCGGUACGCAGCGCCCCUAACGUGAGCCAAGAGUCUAGCAAAGCUAGUAAAACAACAACCUAUUUUACCUGGUCUAGAAGUCCGACCCGAUCACCAUUCCAGUCCGAGAGACAAGUGUCUCUAACUUCUUCCUGCAGCUCCAUACGACAGAACAAUAUUCCAGACUCGAUACGAAAACUACUAGUUGAUACUGGCAUUUUCAAGGGUACCGGGAUCUCUGGAUAUGAUGAUGAGUCCGCCAAUGUGGCUAUUCAAGACGAGAGCGCUGAAUCUAUUAGCUCUAAAGUUGUAAUGACCACUGACAUCGGAAACAAAGCGGAUUCAGGUCAUUGUGUAGGGCCAAAUUGCACCUCGACAAUCCCAGAAGAUCCGUCACGGUCACUGAUGGCGCGCUGGCAGGCGACUUUUACACCAAAAUGGCAAAGUUGUUCUCAACAAGGAAGCAAAGCAAAAAAUAGCUUCAAUGUCCUUGUUGAGGGUUUGCCCCGUCAUCACAAUCAUACCAGCCAAGCUAUGAGCGAUCCAAGGAGAGAAGACCCGGAGACUCAGCUACCUGGCGACAAAAGUAUCAAAUUUGAGCGAUUGAGAGGGUCUGCAGAGAACUGCCUUGGCCGACGGCUAUCAAGUGAAAUACCAAGCAAGAUAGAUUCCCAUUGCAUUCUCAGCGAUAUGACAAACAAUGUACGACGUUCAGACAUACAAUCGUCGAGUUCAGCCGAGAAGGCGUCUGUAGCAUCUCGGGACAUCAUGCCACCUCCUCCACUUCCUCCGAUUCUUUCUGCGCCAACUGUGAUCAUACCAUCUGAUCAUAUGGAAUUAACACCUCCAACAAACAGACAUAUCCCUGCCGAAGCAGAAAUAUCAGCAGUCCACAAGAUGAUAGACCAGUUCAAGACUCAAGCCAAGACUUCUCUCUGUACUUCUACGACAGAUUGUGCCUGUUGUACGACUUGUAUGCCUGUCAAUGAGAGUGCCUUUUCAGACAUUCAACCGGCUUCAUGGCUUCCUCGCCCUGUGACUCCGUCUACAAGUAUGACCUUACAAAGCAUAAAUGCUUCAAGGGAUAGCUCCAGACCAUUAUACACAGGACAAGCAACAACAUCAACUAACCAUAAACAAAGCAUAUCAUCAACAUACCCGCUACCUGGAAAGGUAGAGACAAUGGCAGACUAUAUCGCCAGAAUUGAACAUGAAAUCCAAGACAAACCAGCAUGCCAAUACACGGAAGAAGCCAUGACGAGUAUCGAAAAUCCAAGCUAUGAACAGCCGAGGGAUACACAUCCCAGUAUUACUUAUCAGGGCUACAGCACAAUCGAGAGUCAUCACACUGCUGAAGAGGAGGAUAUUCGCCUGAACUCGGGCUUUGGUAACAGUGGGUGGCAACAUGAUCUAGAAUGUGGCGAAUCCACAGGCCUGGAGGCUAUUUGUGAUGAAACGAGUCGUUUCGCGCCCAUAAGAGUGCAGGUACCGAGAGACAUGCAACAUGUGGAUGACCUUGAAGAGGAAAGGUAUGAAAUGUCGACGUUUUGGCGACCGAAUCAGUUCAUGCAAUUUUGAUGGAUAUAACAUAACGAGCUAGACGCCUGGUAAGACAUGACAGAGUU